AUGGUUAAAAAGUGUAAUAAUACUCUGAAAAUAGACUAUAAGAAGUGCAUUGUCGAAGAAAGGUUGCUUCAAAUUGUCAAUCUGGAAAACGUAAAUGAAGCUGAUUUGGUAGAUGUUUGGGCUAUUGAUAUUGAACCCAGAGAAUCAAGGAAAGUAAUCGAUUUAAUCCGAUGUCAUACCCAAGAUCAAGAUCCGAUCAAUUUACAACACAUUAAAAGGAUCAAAAAAAGCCAUGACAACAAGACCUUAAUAACAGUGGUAGCUUCGAAAGAGCUCAUUAGUGAUUUAAGUGAGCUUGAAUGUUUGCUAAAGAAAGAAGAGAUAAAUUACAAGUCGGUUAUAGAAGAUGUUAAAGUCCCUAGAAUAGGUCCUUCCACCAAAGAGCUCAUUACUGAGUGGUCCACGAAAUAUUGGCCCAUUAAUUGGAAUGGCAACCCGAAUGACCAAAUUUUAACCAGUUAUGAAUUUGAUAUGGAUCUUAUCAAAGACCUGUUAGGGAGAAUCACGGCUAAGGCAUCUAGCGAACAGCUGACUGGGAACCGGUUCCCAAUCGUUUCGGCAUUUGUUGAUCCGAAAGACAAGGCGAAUGUGUUGUUUGCUACUGACAAGCGCUGCAACCCAUCUUACAAUAUGUUGGACCACAGUAUUAUGCGCGGUAUUAGGAAAGUAGCAGAAAGACAAAAAGCAAAUGCUUUUAACAAAACAUUUACGGGCACAACAUAUCUAUGCGUCGAUUACGACGUUUACACCACACACGAACCUUGUUCGAUGUGUGCAAUGGCGCUCAUACAUUCGAGGGUAAAAAGAUGUAUCUUUAUCAAGGAUAUGCCAGAAACUGGGUCAUUGAAAGUAGGAAGCGGUGAUGGAUACUGCAUUCAUAGUAACAAAGCUUUAAACUCUAAGUAUGAGGUGUUCCAAUGGAUUGGAAGUGAGUAUGAUGUGCCCAAACUCAGCAAAAGUACAUGCACCUGA